AUGGACUUAAUCCGAGGCAGAAACAUUAGCCCAAGAGAACUGAUUCUUUCAACACUCGGAUUGUUUAAUAUGUUUUACCAGCUGACUCUCAUUGCCAAUGAUCUUUUCAUUUUUCUCUGGAAUGAACUAUACUUCUCAGACAAGGUGCACACAACUUUCUCUCUUCUCUUGUUCUUCACCAUCUUCUCUAGCUUUUGGUUCACUGUGUGUCUGUGUGGAUUUUACUAUGUCAAUAUUGUCUCAUUUAAACAUCCCUUUUUCAUGCAGCUCAAACAGAGGAUGUCAGAAGUCGUCAACUGGAUGCUUGCUCUGUCCAUUCUUAUAGCCUUAACUAUUAGUAUACCAGUAUCAUGGAACAUUUCCAAACCCAGUAUUAGCCUAGUGACAGCUAACGCCCCCUAUGUGAAAGAAGAUAUAUCACAAAUCAGCCCACACUACUUACUGAUUGCCAGCAUGUUUGGCUGCUGCAUUCCUCUUGUACUUGUUGGAACUACUGAUGCUAUAGUAUUGCGAUCACUGUAUACCAAUGCAAGGCUUCUGCGUAGGAAUGCUGGUGGUAUGAGUGUACAGAGUGUAGAUGCUAGCAUGGCAGCAGCUAGAACAAUCACUUCCCUUCUGCUCCUUUAUUUAUGCUUCUAUUUGUCAGUUAUCUCACUGCUACUUAACAUCGUACUAAUGGGCAGCACAUGGUUCCCACUAUGUGUGACAGUAAUCUACAGUUAUUCACCUAUCCAGUCAGUGAUUCUGAUCCUUGGAAGCCCAAAACUUAAAGGUGCAUCACUCAGACUUUUUGCUCGUUUGAUGAGUCAGUGGCAAGACCAUUAA